UAUCAUCUACAUAUGUAUUUAUAGCAUAAAUUGUACAUAUAUUUAAAAUGGAAACAAUAGUAAUCGUAUGUAAUGCAAUUGCCUAUGAAAAUGUUCUAAUAAAGAGCCCUGUGUGAUUGAAUAUGCGUAAGAGAGAAUUUUUGCAAAUCGCGUGUAUGUACUCGAAACAUGGUUCAAGACAGCUCAGAACCUCCGGCAAAAACACAUUUCUAUGUAUGUCGUGGAUUUAACGGUGUCCUGAAGCUUAAAACACGAGCGGACGGACUGGACGAGGUGAACUUACUAACCCGAGUUAUACGACGUGGACGUAUGUAUAUGGAUUCGCGUUUUUUGCUGCAAAUAUAUGUAUAACAACAAAAUGUACUAGAGGAUAAUUAAUUGGUGAUACUGCUCCGAUUUGACGAUUUGAUGAUUUUCUGAUGAUUUGAUGAUUUGCUUCGACUCAGUUCCAUAUAUACAUACAUAUAUGUUGGUAAUAUUAGAUUAGACUGUAUAGUUUAACGUUGUGUAGUUUGUGAAUAUUGAAAUACUAGUCUAGUAGUUGAAUCUAUAGUUGCCUUUGAAAUAUGAAAUACAUAAGUAUAGUAUGCCUACGCUCGUAGGCUUAUAGUACAAAUAUUGUAAAUUUAAUCUUUUGGUUUUAUAUGAGAUGAUGCUUGAUGUCGGUUGACGGCCAAGCGUAUUUCCAAAUAUGUAUAGUACUUACACGUAGUACUCAUUCCUCCGCCAUAAGGACAUUGGAUGCAGUAAUUUGAAUUUUUACGUAGACAUCAGUGAGUUACCUAAAGUAUGAAUUUAAAUCGUCAAUGUUAGUCGGGGGUGAAAUGUUUACUGAGAAUCCGCAUGAACGGUUUCCUUGUGCAGUUUGUGGAAAGAGUUACUUGCGCAAGCGUCACUUGCAGCGGCACAUGCGGGACGAAUGCAUUGGUAUUCCGCCACGUUUUAGUUGCGACCUCUGUCCCUCGCGUUUCCGGCGCAAAUACCACAUGGUCCGCCAUUUGACAUCGAAGCACGGCAUUCCGCCGGCAAUAGCUCAACAGACAACAAGUAGUAGCCACCACGGUGGAAGCGGCAGUGGCGGUGGAUAUCGCAGCUGUGGCGAGAAUAGUGUUGGCGGCGGCUUGAAUAACGCCAAUGAUUGUGAUGGCUCGGCGCCCGAAAAUCUGUCACUGAAAAAAGCUCAUUACGAGACAAAUAAUGCGCCACACAGUCCGCAUGGACCAGCCCACGUUAACGGCGGAGGCGGAGGCGGAGGCGGAGACAUUGAUGGUGACGCAUGCGCCGCGAAUGCAGACAUGAAGCCAACAUACGGUCUAACAGGAGCCAUCACAGCUAUAUCGGCGGCAGCAGUUAUUGGAGAUAGCAUUGGCAACGGCAAGACGCCAGAUGCAACAAUGCAUGAGGAAAUCGCCCAUUCUUUGGCCGGUAGCGUCGUCGUCGAUGACGAUAAAAUUGCCGGACAAUUGGCGGCGAACAAAGCCAUGAACGCCAUUGGUGAGGAUUGGAAAAUGAAACUGGGCAUUCAACUUAUAUCGAAUUCCUUGCUAAAGGAGCGUCUCAUCAAUACCAUGCCAUUCGCUUACAACAACAACAACUAAGCGGCCUUUUUGUCGAAAAAUACCAAGGAUAUUAAUUUACGAGAUAGAUUAACAAUACUCAUUUAUGUAUUUAUUUAUUCACGUAUUACUUUAUUAAUUUAUUAACUUAUUUAUUGAAUCUUCUAUUUAGUUUAUUAGAAACAUAUUUUCGAUUUUGAGGUGCCCAAUCCCUCCUCACAAAUCAUAUAUGUACAAACAUACAUACAUAACAUUCUAUUCGAAGCAUGACAGAAAUUUAACAAUGGAACGCGACCAAAAAGUAUUAACAUUUCAAAGAUGUUUUUUUUUUUUUUUUUUUUUUUUU